CCAAGCUCUCCCCCAAAGCACACAAAACCCUCUCCUCUCUUCACAAACAACAUGAUCAUCCCUGCAACUCCUUCUUCAUCAUCAUAUUGUCCAUUCCAAACAUCCAUGGCCUCCUCCUCCUCUUCCUUCUCCUCUAAGAAAGGACGCUUAAACUGGUAUGACCCCUUCCUUUUCACAAUCAGUAUCAUCUUUGCAUUCAUCCUAUUCUGGACCAUCUACUGCUUCCUCAUCCCCAACCCCAACCCUAACGCCUUCCCUAUUUCCACCACCACCAUCCCUCAUACCACCACCACCACCACCACCAAAACCAAGAACAACUCUACAAGCACUCAGACAAUCAUUGGACCUUCCUUUUAUGACAACCCAUCAAUCUCCUACACAAUCACCUCCAAAAUCACAAACUGGGACACUCAAAGGAAAGAAUGGCUCCUCUCCAACCCCACCCUCUCCAAACCCCUCUUCAUGCUCACCGGCUCCCAAUCCUCCCCUUGUCGGAACCCCGUCGGAGACCACCUCCUCCUCAAAUUCUACAAAAAUAAAGCCGACUACUGUCGUCUCCACAACAUCGAUCUCUUCUACAACACCGUCCUCCUCCACCCUCUCAUGGUCACUUAUUGGGCCAAGAUUCCCCUCAUUCGCGCCGCCAUGAUUGCCCAUCCGGAAGCCGAGUGGUUCUGGUGGGUCGACUCCGAUGCCGCCAUCACCGACAUGGACUUCUCCCUCCCUCUCCACAAGUACCAAAACCACAACAACCUUAUUGUCCACGGCUGGCCUCAUCUCGUCUACGAGAAACGCAGUUGGGUCAGCCUCAACGCCGGCGUUUUCCUCAUCCGCAACUGCCAGUGGUCUCUUGACUUCAUGGACGCCUGGGCUUCCAUGGGUCCUCAAACUCCAAACUAUGAAUCCUGGGGCAAAACCCUCAAAGCUGAGUUCUCUGACAAGCUCUUCAGUGACUCCGAUGAUCAAUCUGCCCUUGUUUACCUUCUCUUGCAUGAGAAACGCAAGUGGGGUGAUAAGAUUUACUUGGAGAAUGAGUUUUACUUUGAGGGUUACUGGCUGGAGAUUGUUGGCAAGUUUAACAAGAUUGAGGACAAGUAUUUGGAGAUUGAGAUGAGGUCACCGGAGCUAAGGAAGAGGAAGGCAGAGAAGGUGGCGGUGGAUGCCAAUGCUGCUGUGAGGGAAAGGUAUCUGAGAGAGAUGAAGAUGAGGUUUGGGAGGGAGGGUUGGAGAAGGCCUUUUAUAACUCAUUUCACAGGGUGUCAGCCAUGUAGUGGAGAUCAUAACAAGAUGUAUUCUGGGGAGAAUUGUUGGGAAGGGAUGCUCAGAGCCCUUCACUUUGCUGAUGAUCAAGUCCUCAAAAACUAUGGGUUUAAGCAUGAGAAGGUUGUUGGGAAUGAGUCUGCCACCGCCGCCACCGUCCGACCACUGCCAUUUGGAUUUCCGGUCACUGGAUAGGGUGGUUUUGUGGUGCACCAUUUGUGAUAAUUUAAAAAUGGUUUGAGUUUAAAGUGGAAAAUAAAAGUUCAGUAGGACUAAUGAACUGUGGUUUUGUGUUUGUUUCUUUGCUUUUUCUUUCAUCUC